CCCCUCCCCCGGCUGGGCCCGGGGGAGGGUGGCGCCGUGAGCGAGCUGGGAUCGGGCUUUCCUGCCCCUUCCCCUGCCCCUGGGCCGCCAGGAUGGAGGCGGGGUCGGGUCCCCCGGGCGGCCCGGGAUCCGAGAGCCCCAACCGAGCGGUGGAGUACCUGCUGGAGCUGAACAACAUCAUCGAGAGCCAGCAGCAGCUGCUGGAGACCCAGCGGCGGCGCAUCGAAGAGCUGGAGGGCCAGCUGGACCAGCUCACCCAGGAGAACCGCGAUCUGAGGGAGGAGAGCCAGCUGCACCGCGGGGAGCUGCACCGGGACCCCCACGGCGCGCGGGAUAGCCCGAGCCGCGAGAGCCAAUACCAGAACCUGCGCGAGACCCAGUUCCACCACCGCGAGCUGCGGGAGAGCCAGUUCCACCAGGCGGCCCGGGACGUGGGCUACCCGAACCGGGACGGCGCCUACCAGAACCGAGAGGCUGUGUAUCGGGACAAGGAGCGGGACGCCUCCUACCCACUCCAGGACACUGCUGCUUACUCUGCCCGCGAGCGCGACGUGGCCCAGUGCCACCUGCACCACGAGAACCCAGCCCUGGGUCGCGAGCGUGGCGGGAGGGAGGCUGGGCCGGCGCACCCGGGCCGCGAGAAGGAAUCCGGCUAUUCGGCGGCGGUGGGCGUGGGGCCCCGGCCACCGCGGGAGCGGGGCCAGCUGAGCCGCGGCGCAUCCAGGAGCUCCAGCCCCGGGGCCGGCGGCGGCCACAGCACCAGUACCAGCACCAGCCCCGCCACAACCCUCCAGAGAAA